CACAAACAAGAAAUGGAUUUAGGACAAGUUCUACACAUGAAUGGAGACGUCGAAGAAGCCAGCUAUGCAAACAACUCCUUAAUUCAGAGAGAGGUGAUUUCUUUGGCAACAUCUUUGAGAGUUAAAGCUAUAACAAAUCUAUAUUGUAGCUUGUGCCCUAGAAGUUUUGCAAUUGCAGACUUGGGUUGUUCUUCGGGACCAAACACUUUAUUGGUGACCUCAGAAAUUAUUAAGGUUGUUGAAAAACUUUGUCGACAGUUGAAUCAUCAAUCUCCAGAAUAUAACAUUUUUUUGAACGAUUUAUCGGGAAAUGACUUCAACAGCAUAUUCAAAUCCCUUGACAGUUUCAAAAAAAAUUUACGCCAUGAAAUGGAAACCGAAAUAGGUUCUUGCUACAUCUCUGGCGUUCCCGGAUCCUUUUAUGGUAGAAUUUUUCCUAACCAGAGUUUACAUUUUGUCCAUUCUUCAUAUAGUCUUCAUUGGCUAUCUAAGGUUCCCAUAGGUGUAGAAAAUAAUAAGGGCAACAUUUACCUAUCUACUACAAGCCCAUCAAAUGUUCUCAAGGCUUAUUACGAGCAAUUUCAUAUAGAUUUCUCUCUUUUUCUCAAGUGUCGUGCUCAAGAAUUAGUUGAAGGAGGUUGCAUGAUUCUAACACUUAUAAGUGAAGGGUCUUCUUACGGUUGGGAGCUUUUGGCUAAAUCUAUUAAUGAUAUGGUCGUGCAGGGAAUUAUUGAAGAAGAAAAACUCAAUACUUUUAACAUUCCAAACUAUUUUCCAUCUCCAUCUGAAGUGAAAUUGGAAGUUAAAAAUGAAGGAUCAUUUUCGAUCAAUGAAUUGGAGGUUUCAGAAAUAAACUGGUAUAAUGUUCCUGAUAUGGCUGAAUCAGUAGUAAAAAGCACGAGGGCUAUAAUUGAACCUUUGUUAAUUAGUCAUUUUGGUGAAGGUGUCAUUAAAGAGAUAUUUGAGCAUUUUAGAAAAACAUUAACAAGUGGAAUAUCCAAAGAGAGAGCCAAGACGACAAAUCUUACCAUAACAUUGACUAGAAAACCAUGAGCACAUCAUUUUGUUUGUGAUUAAUAGUUGUUAAAAAAAUUUAUAAUUAUGUGAGUUAUUUGGAAGUUGGCCAAUAUUUAUAUUUUCUCUUAUAAGAUCAUGUGUAAUAAGCAAGAAGUUGACACAAUUUGUUCUUUGUCAUGGAACUGAUAUAUGGUUAAGACCUCAUGUUUUUUUUAAAUAUUUUUUGUGGGUUAUUGUAGAAACUUUACUAAUGCUUACUUAGAUAAUGGUAAUAUUUAUCGUUACCUUUGUU